UCUCCAGACUCGAAAAAACGUCGAAUGUGAUCCUGACGGAGAGCAUCCACGUCUGUUCCCGUGGGGAAGAUCACUACUUUUCCAUGUUCCUGCACAUCGGCGAAACGUUCCUCCUGAUGGAGCAGCUGGCGCUGUAUGCUGUCCGCAGGCUUUUCGACAAGGAGACCUUUGAAGGCGACCCGGUCCUCCACGAUCCUUUGCAAAUCACCAAGAGGGGCCUUGAGAGCAGAGCUCACAGCGAGCAAUUCAACGCCUUCUUCCGCUUGCCCAAGGAGGAGUCGUUGCGAGAGGUGCACGAGUGUUUCUUAUGGGUGCCUUUCAGCCACUACAAUACUCUCGGGAAAAUGUGCAUUUCGGAAAAUUACGUCUGCUUUGCCAGCCAGGACGGGUCCUUGUGCUGCGUCAUCCUCCCCCUCAGAGAGGUUGUAGCCGUGGAGGUUGCUGACCCGGCCAGCAAAGCGAUCAGCAUCGCAACCAGAGGGAAAAGGGCCUUCCGCUUCUCCGAAGUGAGGGAUUGGGAGCAUUUGGUGCCAAAGCUGAAGGGCCGCUGCGAUGCAGCAGCGAGUCCCCAGCAUGCUGCGAGUGUCGAGGUCUCCAUCGGCCCAAACCCAGAUCCCGUCUUGGAGGAUUAUGAGGGUCAGCCCAUGGCAAGCCUCAAGGGCAACAGCAAGAUGGUCAGCACAGAAGCCCUCAUGACUGUCUUCCACCCUCAGGAUGCCGAGAACCUGGAUGCGAAAAUGUUGAAAGAAAAAAUGAAAGAACAGUCCUGGAACAUCCUUUUCGUCGAAUGCGGCCGCGGAGUGAGCAUGUUCCGGACGAGGAAAACCCGGGACCUGAUUGUCCGAGGGAUCCCUGAGGUGCUCAGAGGAGAGCUGUGGCUUCUCUUCUCAGGUGCUGUGAACGACAUGGCGACCAACCCGGGCUACUACACGGAGCUGGUGGAGCGGUCCUUGGGGACGUGCACCUUGGCCACGGAUGAAAUCGAGAGGGACCUGCGCCGCUCCUUGCCCGAACACCCGGCUUUCCAGAGCGACACGGGCAUUUCCGCGCUCAGAAGAGUCCUCACGGCAUACGCCCACCGGAACCCCAAGAUCGGGUAUUGCCAGGCGAUGAAUAUCCUGACCUCGGUUCUCCUGCUGUACGCCAAAGAGGAGGAAGCUUUCUGGCUCUUGGUUGCUGUCUGUGAGCGGAUGCUACCCGAUUAUUUCAAUCGCCGGAUCAUAGGUGAGAAAUAUGCCACCAUCAAUUGUCGUAAUCGUUUACCAUUAUUUCAAUCCAGGUUUUUCGACAGCGUCACCAACAAGGACAGCCCUCUUCCUCCGGCGGUGCAGCAGGCUUCUGGCGUGAGCGAAGCCAAGAGUCCGCACUCUAAAGUGGACAUCACAGAUCUGAUUCGAGAGUCCAAUGAGAAAUAUGGCGAAAUCCGAUUUGAGGAAGUUGAAUGCAUGCGCCGCCGGAACCGGCUGUAUGUCAUCCAGACCCUGGAGGUCACUACGAAGCAAAAUGUGCUGCGUGUUGUGUCACAGGAUGUGAAAAUCAGCCCCAGCAACCUUGAGAAGCUUUAUGAAAUAUUCAAGGGCUUGAUUGCCGAGGAAAGCAAAGGAUCUUUGAUAAAAGAGGAGGACCCGGAGAGAUUCCGCGAGGCGCACAUGAAAUUCGAGAAGAGUUUUGGGCUGGCCGAGCAGGAGAAGCUGGUGACCUACUACUCCUGCAGCUAUUGGAGAGGCCGGGUGCCCUGCCAGGGCUGGCUCUACCUGAGCACCAACUUCCUCAGCUUUUACUCCUUCCUCCUGGGAGCCGAGAGUAAGUGUGGUCCCUGA